AUGUGGAAUUUCUCCUCUGUCGUUCAACUCUCACUCGUUCGUUGCGCUCACCUAAGAGAUAAAUCAUUUAACUGGACGGUACAACCUGCCAAUCCAACAUUGGUAACAAAAGGAGUGGACUUGUCACUCACAUGGAAGUUCACUCUUACUGCUGAUGAACAGACUAAGAGUCAGACAUUUCAUUUUAUUAGAUGGACAAAGUUUAAUGAGGCAAGUUCAAAUUAUGAUCUGAUUGGCGGAACAGCCUUCUUAAAAGCUACUGGGUCUCGUAGUUUUGCUAAACCUAGCGCCCCACAUAUUAAGAUUGACCGUAAUGAUCAAGCCACGUUACUCAUCAAUAACGUCAGGACAGAAGAUGAAGGAACAUACAAGAUUGAGUACGGUGUAGAAAUCAAUGGGACUCUUCUUGCUAAUCAUGAAGUAAAUGUUACAGUUUUAGAACACCCUGAGAUUAUAAAUGCGAGCAACGACCAAGAUGUUUGUGAGGGCUCUAUGGUUACUUUGGGUUGUCAUGCAACUGGUAAACCAGCACCGAAUAUCACCUGGACAAGAAUGUGGGAAAAUGGCACCGACAGUGAUGAACUGCCUUCUGUAGAUGGGAAUUAUGUCAUUAGUAAUGCCAGCAAAAGUUCCAAUGGCACGUACCGGUGUAAAGCUUUUAAUGGAGUUGGGGAUACUGCUAAUCAGACAGUGGAGGUGAUUGUGAAGUAUCAACCCUCAAAUGUCAGCUUGAAGACAAAUGCAAAAAACAAAGUUUGUGCAGGAACUCCUGUGAGCUUUGAAUGCAGUGCUGUUGCCAACCCACUAGUCCACACUUAUUUGUCGUACGAGAAUAAUGUCAUUGUUUCAAAUAUGGGAAAUUUAGGAACCGUGGUUAGGGAAAUGGAAAAUGCUGGCGAGUAUGCCUUCAGGUGUGAGGCUAAUAAUUCUAUUCAACGACUUUCAAGAAGUAGGAAUAUUAUAUGGACUGUUACUGAACCGCCAUCUGUUCAACUCGAAGAAAGGAAAGUUGCAAAGGAAGGUGAAAAUAUCUCAGUGUACUGCAAUGCGUCUGGUGUUCCACCUCCGACUGUUUCUUGGAGAAAAUUGAGAAUUAAUGGUGACAUCACCAAUGGACAUUCUUUGAACAUCAAUAAUAUAAGCAGGUGUCAGGGUGGAGAGUACAUAUGCACUGCAACUAACAUUUGUGGAACUGCAUCUACAACAAUUGACAUCGAAGUGCAGUACGGUCCAUAUGUAGUAGGCAGUAUACGGCACGUUGUCAAAGAAGGUCAUUGUGCAACUCUUUUCUGUCCAGUACUUGGAAAACCAGCACCUGACAUUACCUGGUACAAAGGAAAUGAAACAGAUGCUAUAAUGAGCGCUAAAAGCACUCUUGAAUUUCAUUUGACUUCCAUGGACGUUAAUGGAUGGUAUACUUGCUUUGCAAAAAAUUCUAUGGGGAACGUAACUACCAGCGUUUUACAGGAGAUUGACUUACAACCCAUACCAAAAGCUGCCGUAAAACGGCAGACUCCCAAAUCAGUGGAAAGUACACCCACCACGCCAUCAGCAACAACGCGUACAGUUCCCAACAAGGGCCAGUGUCCACGUGAUGACGCCAUUCUAAAAGCCAUAAUCGGGUCACUUGUUUUCAUAAUCAUUGUUUUAACUGUUUGUAUCGUUUGGCUAUAUAGAAAAGGUAUAGUAAGUUGUUUAUUUGGUUUUUUCUGUGCGUGUUUGCGGAUUAAAUAUCAUUACGUAUUCUUAAAUAUUAAUCCUUGUAUCUCAUUGUUUAUAGGCACCACAACAAACCAAAGAAGACUUGAACAUAAAAGCAGUGUCUACGACAAUGAAAUGGCAAUGAAAAAUAUCGAGCAAAGUCUCGCUAAUUCAAGCACAUUCAAUCAGCCCGGGGCAGAAUACAUGGAUCUGAAAGAAACAAGCGCAGACAAAAUAAAAUCACAAAGUGCCGAUCAAGGUGCAGAUUACGCGGCUCUUGAUCCGUCAACACGUUCCUGGGAAGUAGAAAGGGAUCACGUGGCUAUAGAAAAAAUAGUAGGCAAAGGUGCUUUUGGUCAGGUUGCGAAGGGAACGGUCACGGAACUUCGAGGGAGGCCUGGAACUACUAUAGCAGCCAAAAAAAUGCUCAAAGGUAAAUUCUAA